GCCAAGCUGAACGGGGCAGUGCAGUACGCAGCGCGUUUAAAACCGCCCAGGGAAGACACCACAUUUACGAGGCUAGUUUUGUUUUUUUUUGCUGCCUGCCUGCCUCCCUCCUCCCCUCCUCGCCCCGGGUUGACUCUGUCCGGUCCACAAUGAGGUGAAAGAGAGGUAGGCAACACCGCUUUACCUGAGGAAGGGAUAUUUUUUUCAACCCCACCAAACACUUACUCUGCUGUGACUUUUAUUUCAUUGGAUAACGUGUCGGACUGCUGCGGCUGCUGUUGCCAUCCUGCAAGAAAUAGGAGGUUUUUUUUGUGGUUGCCUUUGCCAACUCUAGAGUUUCCCGUUGAGUAAAGAAAAGCAAGGUUAUGUAGGUAGGCAUUGCUGUCGGCUAGCCUACAUCGCCGCCCCGUUGUUUACAUAUUGUAAUUUGAUUUUCCAUCAUUUUCAGCUGCAGCAGCAGCAGAAGCAGCAGCGGCUCAGGGUUUCCUCUCUUCUCCUCUUCUUGUUCCUCCGUCUUCUGUUUGGAACUUUUUGCCGGGUCGUCCAGGUUGUGUCGAGGCCGGUGGUGGUGGAGAAGAAGAUGGGACUACCUGCUCUGGAGUUCAGUGACUGCUACCUGGACAGCCCGCAGUUCAGGGAGAGACUAAAGUCCCACGAACUGGAGCUGGACAAGACCAACAAGUUCAUCAAGGAGCUGAUUAAAGACGGCAAGGCGCUGAUCCUGGCUUUGAAAAGUCUGUCAACAGCCAAGAGGAAAUUUGCUGACUCUCUCAACGAGUUUAAAUUCCAGUGUAUUGGAGACGCAGAGACAGAUGAUGAGAUAUGCAUAGCAAAGUCGCUCCAGGAGUUUGCAGCGGUCCUACAGAACCUUGAGGAUGAGAGGACACGUAUGAUUGAGAAUGCCAGCGAUGUGCUGAUCAUGCCUCUGGAGCGGUUCAGGAAAGAACAGAUCAGUGCAGCCAAGGAAGCCAGGAAAAAAUAUGACAAAGAGACAGAAAAGUAUUGUGCAGUGCUGGAGAAGCACCUUAGCCUUUCUGCAAAGAAGAAAGAGUCUCAUCUACAUGAGGCGGACAACCAGCUGUUGGCCUUCCUCCAAGGUCUUUUCACCUACUAUCACCACGGCUAUGAGCUGGCAAAGGACUUCAACCAUUUCAAGACUGAUCUCACCAUCAGCAUACAGAAUACGAGGAACCGUUUUGAGAGCACGCGGUCGGAGGUGGAGAGUCUGAUGAGGAAGAUGAAGGAGAAUCCACAUGAACAUAAAAGUGUCAGUCAGCACACCAUGGAAGGAUACCUGUUUGUGCAGGAGAAGCGCUCAUUUGUAUCCACCUGGGUGAAGUACUAUUGUACGUACCAUCGCGAGCCCAAGAGGGUCACCAUGGUCCUGUUUGACCCUAAAUCGGGAGGGAAAACGGGAGAAGAGGAGAGCUUCACCCUCAAGUCGUGCACCAGGAGGAAGACAGACUCAAUAGAAAAGAGGUUCUGUUUUGAUGUGGAGGCUGUGGACAGACCGGGAGUAAUGACCAUGCAGGCUCUGUCAGAAGAAGACCGCAGGCUGUGGAUGGAGGCCAUGGAUGGGAGAGAACCGGUAUACAAUCUGAACAGAGACAACCAGGCUGAAGGCAUGGCCCAGUUGGAUGUGAUUGGGUUCAACGUGAUGAAAAAAUUCAUAUAUGCAGUGGAGACUCGAGGUAUCAAUGAUCAGGGCUUGUACAGAAUCGUUGGCGUCAACUCCAGAGUACAAAAGCUACUAGGCCUUGCUAUGGAUCCUAAGACGUGUGCUGAUGUGGAGCUGGAAAACUCAGAGUGGGAAAUCAAGACUAUCACGAGUGCCAUCAAGCACUAUCUCAGAGUGCUGCCUGCACCUCUCAUGACAUACCAGUACCAGAGGAGCUUUAUCAAAGCAGCCAAGUUGGACAACCAAGAGGGCAGAGUGAAAGAGAUCCAUGCCUUGGUGCACCGGCUGCCUGAGAAGAACAGACAGAUGCUGGAGCUGCUUAUAAAACACCUGGCAACUGUGGCUAGUCACCACCAGCAGAACCUGAUGACCAUCGCAAAUCUGGGUGUAGUCUUUGGUCCAACUCUGCUCCGCCCACAGGAGGAGACAGUGGCAGCCAUCAUGGACAUCAAGUUCCAGAACAUUGUUGUAGAGAUCCUCAUAGAGCACCAUGAGAAGAUAUUCAGGGAAGUGCCUAUUUCUGUAGGCGGUCCGACCAACAUGCAGUUCAACAUGUCCAGGAGGACAAGCACAGAGAGCAAAGCCCCGUCCUGCAGCGAGAGACCACUCACACUCUUCCACACACCAACACAUUCCCAGAAAGGUGAAAAGAAGAACAGUGUUGUCAACACCACAGUCGCUGAGCUGCAGCAGCCGGUUUCCUCCUCUACAAACUGUAACAGCAACAGCAGUAGCAGCAGCGCCAGCAGCCAAGGUCGAACCCCGAGACACAGCCUGACCAGCAACAACGGAGAGCAGGACACCCGGCAGAUCCGGCCCAGCUCACUGCUGAACCCAAAGGGUCGUGGCAGCAUACCAACCAGCCCAAUGUCUCCCAGCCCCACCUCACCACGUUCUCCCUCCUGGCCGAUGUUCUCAGCCCCAUCAAGUCCACAGCCGACAUCUUCUGCCUCCAGUGACUCCUCUCCUGUCAGUAUUGCGGGCAGGAAGGCUCGAGCGCUGUAUGCCUGCAAGGCAGAGCAUAAUUCCGAGCUGUCCUUCAUCGCUGGAACUAUCUUUGAGAACGUUCAUGCUUCUAGGGAGCCCGGUUGGCUGGAAGGAACUCUGGACGGGCGAACAGGAUUGAUACCAGAAAACUAUGUGGACUUUUUAUAGUCCAGGGCUGAAAAAAAGUCUUGAACUGGACUGGAGUUGACUGCCCAAGACUGAACAGUCCCUAUUAGAUUGUAUUCUAUACUGGACUGGAUCAUUGGUGAUGAGGCCUCUCUUGGCUCUUGUCUUGACAAGACUGGGAAUUGACACAAGCAGAACCAUAUGGAAUGGAUAUCAAGCAGGGCCAGAGGAGGACCCCUUGAAUUGCACUGAAAAAAAACAAAGAUGAGUUCCUCUAUGGUUCUGCUGUUAUUGGAUUAGUGUAGACUUCCCAAGUCCUGGUGAAGAUAUUGUGGUAAUGAAUCUGGAAUGUGUGUAAAAAGAAAAUUGCGUGUGGGGUUGGUAUAAAUGGGUUGAGAAUUCUGAGCCGUAAGGCCCUUGCUUUAUUACUUUGGACUACACUGCCAUUCCUUUAGAAUGUCCUCUUUUUAUCAGCCAGAAAUAUAAAAAUAGUCCUGAGGAGAUGAUGGAGAUGAUGACAGUGAACAAGAUAAAUAAGCAAGUGGCCUUUUUUUGGACUUGCUAGUUUACCUCCUCACUGUGCGCUGUUUGAAAGAUUGCUAAUCCCAUUAGGGGACCGGAGCUUUUAAAGCCAAUUUUAAUGAUUGGGUUUUGGUUGUACAGCUGUAAAUGUGUUUGUGGGCACUUGCUUUGGUGGUCUGGUAAUUCCCCAGUACAAGACUCAACCUAGCUAAUGUUUCAGAGCUCUAGUUUAGCAGCAGGAGCCCCAGGGCAGAUCAGCUCAGGCUGAGGUCGCCUCUCAAACAGUUCACCAAAGGGUCAGCGUCGGGUCUAUCCUUUAUAAGGCCUCUCCCUGCAGAACCCUCACAAAAAUGUGAACAAAUUCAAACAAGCACCAUAAGCAGAUUUUACAAUUGUUUGUAAUGGUUUACAAUACAGUGUAGGAGUAACAACUGAUUCCUACUGGUUAUAACAAGCCCAGCUGUGACACCCCGCUCUGCUUCCCCAGCUUGGUUAUUUUUUGAUUGUGGGAAGUAAUUGGAUCCAGGAUCAUAUAUAGUGUUGAGUCAUGUUAGAACUAUUUCAGGUUGUUUGUAUUUUUCACAUUGUAGGGCACCUGUGGACUAAACCAUCAGUGUUGUUUUUCAACCUCAUUUCAGAAAGAUAUUUAGUUUAAUUGAUCAUAUGUAUUUAUUUGAAGCCUGGAUCUAUUUCUAGUCCAUCAUGCAGAUUUAAUCAUUGAGCAAACAGUUGAAGUCAUUUCGAAGUCAAAAUAUGCAUUAUGGACGUAAGUGAUGACUCAGCACAAAGGUCUUUUUCUGUUAUGUAGAAUCGCAAAGACUAUGCUAACUAUGUAAUUAUCUGAGGAAGGACAUUUGGAACCAGAAUUUACUGCCAUGGCUGUCAUUUACAAGUUAAUGAAACAGAGAUGUAUCUCACUCAUUUGAAAUCAUUAUUUUUCAGAAUUGCUGUGUUUUGUACUGUAUAUGCUAAGCUGGUCUGCUUUGGGGCUCCUCAUUUCAUAAAUCAUAGCUGAACCUUUUCUUUGAACCACUUGAUGAACAUCUGUAUCAAAGGUUUUUUGUUUUUGUUUCUGUUAGGACAUAAUAUUGAAAGACCAUUUUAGCAUUUUAACAUAAAAAUCAAAUGGGAGAGCAAACCAACAAAACUAAAAUGUGAAAUGAGACUACUUUGUUUAAAUCUGAACUUCUUAUUUAUGAGUUUCUUACAGCCUCAAAUCUGAACUUUUAAACAUUUUAAGGUGUUAUUUCGACAUUGUAAAUAAAUACACAGCAUUUGAUAAGGUAUAAUUUUUUUUAAGUAUGACAUUUUAUAUUUUGUAUUUUUAGCAUACUAACUUAAUUCCUUAAUUUCAUUGUUAUUGCCCAGAUGAUUUUUGUAUAAUUUGUCUAUCUACAGCCUUAAAUAUCAUUUCCGAUGUUUUGGUUAAUUGACAAGAUUGUGCAGAAUUAAAGAUACAUGUUCAGCAGCU